AUGCCUCCCCUGCUCCUUCUCGGGGCCCUCCUGGCGCUUUCCGGGGGGGUCCCGUCGGUUUUCGGGGGGGUCCCGUCGGUUUUCGGGGGGGUCCCGUCGGUUUUCGGGGGGGUCCCGUUGGUUUUCGGGGGGGUCCCGUCGGUUUUUGGGGGGGUCCCGGUUUUUGGGGGGGUCCCCAAAGGGGGCGUGGCCUGUCCCGGGGGCUGCGACUGCGACCGAACCAACGCCCGCUGCCGGGGUGGGGCCGGGGGCGUCCCCCGGGGGCUCCCCCCGGGCCUGGCCACGCUCUCGCUGCUCCGCUGGGACAUCGAGGAGCUGCCCCAGGGGAGCUUCCGGCACCUCCCGGCGCUGACGCUGCUCCUGGUGGCCUCGGGGCGCCUGGGGAGCGUCGGGGACGGAGCCUUCGAGGGGCUGGGGGCGCUGGAGUACCUGUUCCUGGAGGACUCCCAGCUCCGCUCCCUCCCCCCUGCAGCUCUCCGGGGGCUCCGGGGGCUCCUGUUCCUGAGUCUGGCCGACAACCUCCUGCAGUCGCUGCCCCGCGGCCUCUUCCAGGAGCUGCCCAACCUCGGCCACCUGGACCUGCGGGGGAACCCGCUGCGCUGUGACUGCGCGCUGCGCUGGCUGCUGCGCUGGCUGCGCGCCCGGCCCGGCCCCGGCCCCGAGGGCGGCGCCCGCUGCCACGGCCCCGCGGCGCUGGCCGGCACCGCCCUGGCACUGCUCGGGCCCCGGCAGCUCCAGUGCCAGCGCCACGGUGACUGGUUUAUACUGGGAGGGACUGGGAGGGACUGGGAG